UACAUCUCAUACAGAUUCUCUGUGGACGCGUGACAGCAACCGCAGCAGCAGCGCGAGCACAGCACGUCACUCCAGACGACUUCAAUACAUCACAAUCCGCGCAGCCAAGGAAACCCACCAAAACUUUACCCCCCAAAUCCCAGGACCCUCGGGGUGGGGUAGAGCCGCAGAGAAGCAGCAGCGCAAACAAAAGCACUCCUCUUGGCUUUAAGAUACCAGCUGCAAAAAAAAAAGUUCAGAAACAAACUCAAGACGACAAGCGGAACCGAUCGGGGUCUCUCCACAUUUCCAUGCAAAACUUUUUCUGAAAUCAGUGAACGCGGAGCGACGAGCAUCAGACUGACGGACUGAAAAUGGCAAUCAUUUGGACAAUCAUUGUAUUUGGUCUCCUCCUGCAUGACGUGCAAUACGCCUCAACGGAUUCCACUCUGACCCCCACUAAUUCCAUUCCAUCCACCACUUCAAACCCCAGUUUAACCAGUUCACAGAAUCCUCCUCCAACCUCAUCAUCAAUCUCUACUGAUUUCAACUCUACAUCUGCCACGUCGAACCUUGCUACAUUCAACACACCGAUGCACACUCUAAACCCAACAAACCCUACUACACCAGUGUCCAACAGUCAGAUCACCUCAUCAAACCCUAGUGAAACCCCCUCACUAAGCACCACCUCACCGAACCCUACUAUAACCAUUUUACAGGAUUCCACCUCACCCAUUCCAACCAGUCACACUGACACAUCUGUAACAUCUUUGACUAUUACAGACACGCCCCAGCAACCAAAAAUGUCUGAUUCACCCCAACAAGACACAACCCAAAUCACAACAAUUCAACCCACCACAACACACUCAAAAGUUACUUCUAAAGAAUCCAGUACUCAAAACACACCAUCACCUAGCCAAGAUACCACCAGUUCAAAUAAACCUGCAACCACCAUCCAUAAAGAAAGUGGAACUACCCCUGUCAACCAGAGAGACACAUCAGCUGUCGCCACAAACCCAGCACCAAGCUUUACAACGGCUGUUUCUGAAAGUGUUCAGACGACGAAAACACAAGCAACUUCUGCUCCGACCACAUCAGUUGCUCCUGCGAUUAGCACCUCAACUCCCGAAAAUAUCUCUCAUCAGCGUGCCUUUGAUCAUAGCAGCAUCAGCAGCGAAAGUGUGGGGGACUUCAUUCUUGAAACCUGUAAGAUGAAGGGUGAGAAGAUGACAGGAGAUUGCUCGGUCACCUUUAAAGUGGAAGGCAAUCAAUUAAUUGCAACAGUAAAAAUAAACGCCGACCAAAUGAUGCCGACAGAAAGCAACAAACCAGAAAAGAAAGCAGAGGCUAGCAAGGAGACGGUACCAGACACGUUGAUUGCCAUCUUGGCUUCGAGUGGUGCUUUGGUGCUCAUUUUGUGCUGCUUUGCUGCGUACUGCACUUAUCAUCGCAGAUCCUACAGAAAGAACCAGCAACACCUGACGGAAGAGAUGCAAACAGUGGAGAAUGGUUAUCAUGACAAUCCAACACUGGAGGUGAUGGAGGUACAGCCGGAGAUGCAAGAGAAGAAACUGGCAUUGAACGGGGAGUUCAACGACAGCUGGAUCGUCCCCAUAGACAACCUGCUGAAAGAGGACAUACCUGAUGAAGAAGACACACACUUGUAAAGGCACCGGACGAAACCUGCUGCUCUCAUAAUGGUAGAUUGUGAACAGACAGAAUGUAGAAAAAGCAGAGAUUGAUGUAAAGACUUUCAAACAAUGGUUUCAUUUGGUUCCAGGAUGGACAUGCUGUAAUGAAAUAGUUAGAUGUCAAGUACAUGCUAGAAAUAGCAGAAAACCUUUUGUGUGACUGUGUAUGGGAAAGGGAAAUGUCCUGUCAAUGUGCCUUAACUUUUCUUUAUCACUCUCAUUUUAGCAUGUUGCUUAGCUAAGUAUCCAGUCCGUUUCAAAUUUAAAACGGAUUUGGUUCAUCUUUUAAUUUUUUUCCCACUGCAGUGCAUUCUGGGACUGCCUUAGAAUUUGUUCAAAAUGUGGCAGUUUUAUUGCCUUCGCAUUAGAGGCGUGCCACAUGAUGCCUUAAAAUGCCACCAAGUCAUGUGCAAAUUGCUCUUUUUUUUUUUUGUCUAGUGAAUUAUUCAGGAUUCACAGAGUUUCUGAUCAGUGGAUGUCCAUGAUUUUUCCAUGAAUUUUCCAAUAAUGUGAUUUGAAAAAAAAUCAGCACUCUCAAAUUAUCUUUACAUUACUUUUACAUUAAUUCAGUACAGUGGAAACCCUGUAUUAAUUCUUGAGUGGAAUGUAAUUGUUACGCUUGUAUAUAAUGCUUAUUUUUUUAUGCUCCUUCUUUCGUUUUCUGUUUAGGGAAGAUUAACACUCAUAGGCACCAAAUUACACUGUGACCAAUGGAUAACUCAUCCUGGUAAAUUAGACUAUGGUUCAAGAUAACUUUGGCAUUAUCUUCCCUCGGUUAUUAUCUUUCUGUGGUAAUUGUGAUAGUAUGAAGGUUUGUGGUCUUGUUAACCUGAAACAUUUGACUCUAAAUCCAACUCAAAUAUUAAAUAUUCAUAUGCCACUGUCUUUAGUUUGAAUUUUCAGUUUAGUACAUUGAUCACCUUUUUGUUUGGGGAUGUUUUAUUUAAUUGUUUUGAUGUUGAUUUCACCAAAAUAUAUAUUUUUUUUUAUUGUAUUUGCAUGCACAACGCCAAUUUUCAUUAUAAAGGAUUCACUGCUUCCUCGGUUUAGCUGAUCUACUUCCACCAAAGUAUUAAGUUUGAAUUUAUAGCUGUAUUCUUUAUUUGAAGUCAGUUUGCUACUAUGUACAAACGACAGGGGUCUGAUACACUGGAAGCCGCCUCUGUCAGAACGGACAGGGACGGCCAUGAUUUUUUUUAAUAAACUAAAAAAAUGUGA